ACAUUUUGUUUUCUGCUUCAGACACUUAGGAUGCAAGGUGUUAGCAUAACUACUCCACACCAGCACUUAGGAAGGGGCUCAAUACGGAGUGAAGAGCAAGCCACAAACCAGGGUAUUAAUUGGCUGCAGAGUAAUGUUUCCGCACAGUAUUCCCGGCCCCGGAACAGGACUGUAAGUCGCAGUAGUCACAGACAAGCUGAUUCAGACAGGCGCGGCAUGGUGCCCAAACCAGGGGACGUCCGAGGUACCUUGGCUCCAGCCGGCCUCAGAGCCCCAGCGACUCCCGCUCACCUCGCCCCGUGACGGGCAACUUCUGCUGGCCGAGGCUUCCCCGGGCGGGCGGCGAGGCGAGGACAGUAGCGGGGGCCGCGCCCCUCAAGCCUAAGCUCCGCGGCGGGCGUCCAGCGCCCUGUCCAGGCCGGGCAGGCAGAGUGCCUUCGCUAGCCAGGGAGGGAGGCCGCGGCGCCGCUGGAGGCGGGGUCCCGACACUACCUCCUCCGCCCCAGUUAAGUCCUGCCGAUCUCUCCGUUUACUUCACUCUCUGGCUAUCUCCGGCUAGAACUCGGCGGCUGCCAUUGGCUUGGCGGCCUCAUCCGGGCACUCGGCGCAACGCUAUUGCUCAGCUCGAUCGUCCCAAUAUGGCGGAGGCUUCCUUUGGGAGUUCGAGCCCAGGGUUUUUUGAUAGUUGGCUCUUUAUCCUCUGAGGAUCAUGACUUUGACCCUUCUGCUGAAAUGCUGGUACAUGAUUAUGAUGAUGAACGAACUCUUGAUGAAGAGGAGGAAAUGAUGGAAGAAAACAAAAAUUUCAGCUCUGAAAUUGAAGAUUUAGAAAAGGAAGGAAACAUGCCAUUGGAAGAUUUGCUGGCAUUUUAUGGCUAUGAACCCACAAUUCCAGUUAUGGCUGGUUCCAGUGUGGAUAGCUCUCCAAGUGAACUUGCAGAUGAGCUUCCAGAUAUGACUCUGGAUAAAGAGGAAAUAGCUAAAGACCUCUUGUCAGGUGAUGAUGAAGAAACACAGUCCUCUGCUGAUGACUUGACACCAUCAGUUACUUCACAUGAGGCUACUGACUUCUUUCCUCGGCCAUUAAGAUCAAACACUACGUGUGAUGGAGAUAAGGAAUCGGAUGGUGAAGACAUAGAGGCAGACAAUGGUAAUUCAUCUGAAGAUUUGAGAAAGGAAAUAAAAGUUGGUUCACAGUAUCAGGCUGAAAUUCCACCUUACCUUGGCAGAUACAGUAAUAAUGAAAAGGCCUAUGAAAAUGAAGACCAUUUACUUUGGAAACCUGAUGUGAUCUCAGAAAGUAAAGUUAAAGAAUACCUUUUUGAAACCUCCUUAAGAGCAGGAAAUGAAAAUAUGAUUGACAGAAUUCCUGAAGGACUACAUACACGUGACAAUGAACAAGCACUAUAUGAACUUCUCAAAAGUAGCCAUAAUGUUAAAGAAGCAACUGAGAGAUACUGCUCAAAUGGAAAGGCAUCUCAGGAAGAGAUGACAGCAUGGACAGAAGAAGAAUGCAGAAGCUUUGAACAUGCACUUUUGAUUUAUGGGAAAGACUUUCAUCUCAUACAGAAAAACAAGGUAAGAACCAGAACAGUUGCUGAGUGUGUGGCUUUCUACUACAUGUGGAAAAAAUCAGAACGUUAUGAUUACUUUGCUCAGCAAACAAGAUUUGGAAAGAAGAGGUAUAACCAUCAUCCUGGAGUUACGGACUACAUGGAUCGUUUGGUAGAUGAAGCAGAAGCUCUUGGUGGAGCAGUACAUUCUUCAGCCUUAACAUCUAAUACUCGAACAGAAAGCAUUCCUGAUCAACAGCUAAGCCUUCUGAACUCUAUCACUGCCAAUGAGUUGACAGCACUGACAAACACUGUAGCUACAGUCUGUCACACUUCGGCUGUGAACUGCCUGGAUGAUGCCUUCCCUCCUAUGGACAGCUUACCCCGAGCACCAGUAGUUAAUCAUGUGCCUGUUGGAACAGAAGAAUUGCUUAACUUGCCUAGCAAUGGUGAAAGUGAUUGUUUUAAUUUAUUUGAGACUGGCUUUUAUCAUUCAGAGCUAAACCAAAUGAACAUGUGCAGUGAGGAAGCAGAGAGACCUGCGAAGAGACUGAAAAUGGGGAUUGCUGUCCCAGAAUCUUUCAUGAAUGAUGUCUCUGUAAAUAACCUUGGUGUGGACUUUGAGAACCACACACACCAUAUUGCCAGUGCCAAAAUGGCUGUUUCAGUGGCUGACUUCAGCAGUCUAUCUGCAAAUGAGACAAAUGGUUUUAUAAAUACCCAUACUCUUCACCAACAUACUGCCCUUCACUCAGAAUGACUGUGGAAAACUAAAGAGUGGGUACUUUAUGCAGUAGUAGUAAACUUGAUGGGAACUAUCAGGUUUGCUUAAUCUUUCACUGGAAGUUUGAACUUUGACAUCAGUGAUGUCUUUUUAUGUAUAGAACUAUAUCUUGAUUUACCAAGAGUAAUUUCUUUUUUCAGUCCAUAAAUGUGGAAAUGUUUGGCAGAGUUUGGAACUAAGAGAACUCUGUGGUGCAGCUUUAGGCUCUGCUUCAAAUUUAUUUUAAAGCCUGUAGAGAGAGGCCACCAUUUCAAAACCAGCACGGAAGUUCUGAACUGAUUGGAGUGGCUUUUUAGUCAAAGUUACUUUUGCCAUAAUGGAUGCAGUGUAAUAACAGUGUUUACAGGUACCAUUCCUGAUCCCUGCUCAAUGUAGCAUUUUAAUUUUUUUUUUUCUUAUAAAGGCAGGGAUGGAUUUCUUUAACUUAAACUGCACAAACAUAAAAGGAUGUUUUUUAAAUGGAACCUUCUCUCAUGUGAUACUAAAUUAGAGCACUUCAGUUUAACAAAAACCAGCAAUUUCAUCUUGGUGGAAGCUAGCACAAGAGACAUAACAUGAAUAAAUUAUGAAGACCUACACUUGGAGGCUGUUGCAAAAUUAUAGGCCAUGACUACCUUACACAGAAGUAAUUAUGCUGCCAGAGGUAUCUGUGUACUUUAAACUUACUGGCUUAAACAGAUAUAUUUUAGGCUAUUGUAUUCAGAUGAGUUUUGUCCACAACUUUGAAGAUUAAUGCACCUGUGUAACUUAACUUUCCUA